AUGGGGCCCGAGAGCCCCGACAUACGGAUUUGGGUAUAUGAUCCAGAAAAUGCAAGUCCUGAGGAGCUGGACGGCAGGGCAUCAAAUCCUUCAGUCACUUCCAAGUCACUUAGCAUGCAGUUUGCCAGUAUGGGACAAGAACCUUAUUUUCUGUCAGCAGUCACUUUUCAACAUUACACUCCAGAAAUGGCUGAGGAAGAAGGGAUCUGGGAAGCACGUAUACCACUUAUAAAGACUAACCUUUUUAUGAUGGUCAAAGGGAAUGCAGUAGCUUUACAAGAUUGCUAUAUCGCAGAUUUUAUCUUUUUAUUGUCUCAUGUUUCCCUAACUUUCAGUCAGAAUUCUACAUACGUAAAAAUGACAUCGAGUCAAGAAGAAUAUAUACUUUUUGACUGGCCCCCAUGUUUUCCUGCGUCUGUUGCAACAGUUUCCCAUUGGGAGACUCUUUUUACAAAGGAUGCUUUCAAUACUUCAGAGAGGGUCAGAAUACCCCCCAACAUCCUGACCGAUGAAGAAAGGCUAAAUAUACAAGAAAUUUGCCUAAUAGAUGAAGGAAUAGUAGUUUUAACAGCAGGUUUUCUUUACCUGAGGACAGAGAAGGAUUUCAUAAAACUUGACGAGAAAUUUGGUAUUCCUCCGAAUGUUACUGGAAUCAGAACAAGAACCUUUUGUUGGCCUGAAUAUACACCAAGGGAAGGACUACAAUUGAGCCAGAUAAUAGUGUGGACAGAAAAAGAAGUCUUACUUGGAUAUACUCACAAAAAAUUUAAAUUAUUAGUAACACUUGAACAGCUCUUGACUAUCUUGCAGCUAAACACACUUAAGAUAGCCUUAUAUUCUAUACAUGUUGCCACUUAUACCUCAGACCCAACUGGAGUUGCUUUGAUGAUAAAAGCUGUGGAGGAACACUUUGGCUUUGAUUUGCUGUAUUUAGCGUUCUAUAGUGAAGAAACACUUACAUGGACUGUGCAAGACUUUUCCUUGAAGUUCAAUUCUGGGAAAAAAUUGAGUGCACUAUUCAUGUUUUCAGCAUUGCCAAAUUUUGUAAUAUGGGAUGACAAGCAUGUCUACUAUAGCUACCAAAAUUAUUCAAAGAAUGGAUUUCUGAAGACACAGUCUCAAGAAAAAGACCUAACAAGUCUAACAGGGAGCUCCAUUCACCAAGUUUUUAUAGAUUAUUAUGGGAAUGCUGUGAUAAAAAUGUUCAACAAUAAAAUGCUUUAUUUCAAAAUUGAAAUUACAGAUGUAGUACUGCUACAUGAAUGGGCUAAUGAAAAUGACAAUACUUUAAUUUUAAUUAACCCUUCUGGGGAGCUGUUUCUUACAAAUCUUAAUUAUGGCAAAGCAGUAUUUUCAGAAUAUCCAUUAAUGCUGGAGUUAUAUAGUUCAACUUAUAAAGAUCAGAGUACUUGUCCAUAUAUGUUGUUUGAGAGCAAUGUUGUUUUAAACAAUGCUUAUUUGGACAAGGGAAAAGAACUGACAUUUUGGGUUCAAGUAGUCUAUCACGAGAAUGCUGGUGUACAUCCUAUUGUGGAAAUCUAUGGACCAAAACUAUUACAGGAGAAGAGAAGUACUGAGUAUGAAAUAGCCUCGGGAAUCUGCACUAAAAAUCUGACAGUAACAUUUUACCAAGAGGUUAGCUAUGAAGCUACAAGUUCUUAUUAUGAACUCCAAACUGCUAACACAGGUCAUUUGAUGAUUCAAAUGCGACCCAGUCGGUUUGCAAAAACAUGUCCAUUAUCUAGUCGGGCAAUUCAUGUAUAUAUUGGCUGUCUUGCACAAAGACAUAUUGAACUCAGAGGAUAUAAGGACAACCUAUGUCAGAUUCAAAAUCUUAGUUAUGUCAUUGAAAAGAAAUAUUUGAGUGGCAAUUCACCUAAAGACAAGUAUAUAAACUAUAACACUAGUAAAUAUGGCUGCCCUUUGACAAUUGAUAUGCGUAAUAAAUUCCGCCCUGUCCUUCAUUUAUAUGAUGGCCGCCAAUUCAUUGAAGAAGUUGAAGCAAAUUUUAUUAUCUGGGAGAUAUUUGGAAGAAAAGAUUUUAGCUAUAGCUUAUCCAUGAUUGAUGCUGGUUGUGUGAAUCAAGCCCAGACAUGGGAGUCAAUGAAGGCACAAAAUGAAAAUGUCUCUAUUGAAGAGCUCUGGGGCCCUCAUAAUUAUAGACACUGCUUUUCAUUUGCCAUUGGAAAACCUGGAAACCUAUUAAAACCAUAUGAGAUCUUCAACUUGUCCAACGAAAAUGAAAUAGUUUGGGAAAAUCAACAUGUUGGCUUUUAUGUGUUCCGAGCUAAGAUCAUUGAUCCAAACUACAGUUUCUGUAACCUAACAGUCACCUUUGCAAUCGAGACAUUCGGCAUAAUUCCUGAAACAGAUAACUAUCUGGUUUUGCUUAUCAUGUUGGGUGUGAUAUUUGUGGUCUUCAUUUGCCUGAUCGCGAGCUACUUCCAGUAUUUAAAGUUUUUUCGAAAAUUUAUUUAUGAACCAUCUCUAGAAUCGAAACGUAAAAAGAAACGAAAACAUUAG